AUGCGAGUUGAAGAAGAUUCAACGACAAGUGCUUUGGUGGAUGAAUUAAAGCGUGUGAAUGCUGAGAACAAGAAGCUCACUGAGAUGCUAACUUUGAUGUGUGACAACUACAACGUUUUGAGGAAACAGCUGAUGGAGUAUGUUAACAAGAGCAACAUAACCGAGAGAGACCAAACCAGUCCUCCCAAGAAACGCAAAUCUCCCGCGAGAGAUGACGCAAUUAGCUCGGCGGUUAUCGGUGGAGUGUCUGAGAGUAGCUCCACGGAGCAAGACGAUCAGUAUUUGUGUAAGAAGCAGAGAGAAGAGACUGUCGUGAAAGAAAAAGUCUCUAGAGUUUAUUACAAGACCGAAGCUUCUGACACUACCCUUGUUGUGAAAGAUGGAUAUCAAUGGAGGAAAUAUGGACAGAAGGUGACUAGAGACAAUCCAUCUCCAAGAGCUUACUUCAAAUGUGCUUGUGCUCCAACAUGUUCUGUCAAAAAGAAGGUUCAGAGAAGUGUGGAGGAUCAGUCAGUGUUGGUAGCGACUUACGAGGGUGAACAUAACCAUCCAAUGCCAUCGCAGAUAGAUUCAAACAGUAGCUUGAACCGCUACAUAUCUCUUGGUGGUUCAGCUCCACCAGCCAACAGAACCAGUAGCUUAGCUGAGCCAACACCUGUGAGUACCGUAGAUCUGAGUGAAGCCAAGAAAACGACGAGCCCAACAUCAAGAAUCGAUUUUCCAGAGGUUCAUAAGCUUUUGGUGGAGCAAAUGGCUUCUUCCUUGACAAAAGAUCCUAACUUUACAGCAGCUUUAGCCGCUGCUGUUACCGGAAGAUUGUAUCAACAGAACCAAACCGAGAAGUAG